GCACGACAAUCAAAUACAAGAUCACCAUUAGUACUUUUACAUGGUUUUGGUGCUGGAAUUGGUUUUUGGUUACUUAAUUUUGAUGCAUUAGCUGAACGACAUGAACAUGUUUAUGCAAUUGAUUUACUUGGUUGUGGACGAUCAUCACGACCAUAUUUUCGAGCAAAAACAUCAGAUGAUGCUGAACAUUUUUUUGUUGACGCUCUUGAACGAUGGAGAAUUCAACUUAAUCUUGACAAAAUGAUUUUACUUGGACAUUCAUUUGGUGCCUAUAUUGGGGCGUCAUAUGCUAUGUCAAAUCCAUCUCGUGUUUCACAUUUGAUAUUAGCUUCACCUGUUGGUGUACCAAAAGAGCCUGAAACACCUGAACCACCUCGUCGUCAUCGUCUUUCACUUGGAUGGCGUCUUAUGCGUAAUUUUGUUAUAUUUUUGUGGAAUCGUGGUUAUACACCUCAAUCAAUUGUUCGACUGAUUGGUCCAAUAGGUCCACGACCUGUAACUGCAUAUGUAACACGACGUUUUUUAGUUGGCCCAGCCGCUGAAGAUACACCAUCAACAGCUAGUGAAGCAGGUCUUGAAACAUCAGUAGCUCUUGCUGAUCAAAUUGAUAAAGGAACAUUGAAAUUACCUAAAAAUGAUGUAGCUCAAUAUCUGUAUCAUUUAUGUGCACAACCAGGCAGUGGUGAAUUUGCUUUGCCUCGUGUUCUUAAAUCAAAUGUUUUUGCAUAUAAUCCUUUAGAAAAUCGUUUAAAAGAUAGUGAUGUUUCACGUGUUACAUUUUUCUAUGGUGAUCAUGAUUGGAUGGAUACAGAAGCUGGUCGAAGAACCGUCAUAUCAUUGAAUAGACGAAUAAAUGGUUCAAAUUCAGCUCGACUUCUUAUUAUACCUCAUGCUGGUCAUCAAAUGAUGAUUGAUAAUCCAGAUGAAUUUCAUGAAGCUGUUCGAACAGCUUUAGAAAAUGAUUAA